GCACAUGUCUAAACGUACGCACACGCCUUUCGCACGAGUACAAGUCUAAAAUACGCCGCCUGAUUAAUCGGCAAUGUCCGCUCUCACGCGGUUUGGGAAUUUUCUUAUAUAAAUACCGUCGUGUUCGUAAUUCUCCCAAAUUAUUUUGCUCCGAUCGUCGUCGAAGGAUAUCAUGGAACUGCAACAAAGCACUCACAAUAUCUCAGUUACAUGGAGGGGGAAGAAAUUUAUUCUGGAGAUGAAUUCAGCUGCUACUCUCAAAGAUUUAGGAUUUGAACUGCAGAAAUUGACUGAUGUUCAAGCAGAUACCAUGCGACUUAUUGUACCACAAGCUUCUGAUAGAAGUUCAAAGUUGCUUUCUCCAUUCUCUGAUGAGCAUGAGUGUUUAAGUUUGCAAGAAACAUCCUUUUUUAAGAGGAAGUCUAUCAGGAUGAUGGGAGUUCCCAAAGAUGAGGUGGAUGAAAUUCUACAAAAUGAAAAGACUAACCUGAGAAUAGCUGGAUUUGAGGAAGAGGAGAAGAGAUUGAGGCAAAGAAUGUUAGAUAGGCCCCAUGGCUCAUUGAAACUUCCACAAGGGCAAUACAUCUUUUGUGAAUUUCGUACACUUCAUCUACCUGGUGUAGAGUUGAAUCCUCCAGCUUCUGAGGCACUGAAAAGAAUGCAUAUGCUUGCCGCAGAUCCUGGUAUUGUAGCUAUAAUGAACAAGCAUCAUUGGCGGGUAGGAAUCAUGACAGAGAUGGCCCCAGUGGGUUAUGUCGGUGUAAGUCCCAAAUGCAUCCUUGGCUUCAACAUGAACCAUGGAGAGGAGAUAUCACUGCGCCUCCGAACUGAUGACCUCAAGGGAUUCAGGAAAUAUGAGAGCAUUAAGAAGACACUUUUGCAUGAACUUGCACACAUGGUAUAUUCUGAACACGAUGCAAAUUUCUAUGCUUUAGAUAAACAGCUCAAUCAAGAAGCAGCUACUUUGGAUUGGACUAAAUCAAAGGGCCACACUCUAAGUGGAGUCAAGUAUUCAGAACCUGAUGUAGACUUAGUUCUGGACAACCAUGGUAGUGUUUCUAAAAAACUUGGGGGAAGGGCCUCUGAUCAGUUGGCUGAUGCACGUGCAACUUCAGUAGCAGCUGCUUAUGGCCGAUUAGCAAAUGCAUCCACCAGUCUUUCUGAGAUACCCGAAGUGCAUCAGGAACCAGACUCUUAUGACGCUCUUGGUGUUAAUGAAGAACACAAAGCCAUUAAUGUUGUAGAGAACAUGAGGAUCCGGGCUUCUGACAAAGGUCAGUGGAAACAUGAUAAUGAACCGGAUCCUGAUGACUGCCUUGGCAAUGAGAGUAAGUUUGAGCCUGAUCCUGAUGAUGUCGAGGGUGGUGAAGCCAUGGAAUUUGAACCUUAUUUACAUUGUACUGAAGUCACAAUCAUUUCAGAACCAGAUCCAGAUGAUUCUCAGAUGACGCAGUUUCCUUCAGUAGCUGACGUGAAGAUGGCUAGAACUAAGCCACAUGAAGAACCUGAUCCUGAUGAACCAGAAGCUUCUUUGAAGGAUGCAGUUGUGGUUGGCGCUAGUUGCUCUCUAUUACCUGAAUUAGUGAACCAUAAUUAUCAGCAAGAAAUGAUGGUUGAUGAACCUGAUCCUGAUGAUGCCCAAGAAGAGCAGACAAAGAUAUGUGGAAAUGUAGCAAAUAAGAUGACAGAAAGCAGAAGCCUUCUGGGAGCUGCUGUACCUGAUCCUGAUUAUUCUCAAGCGAAGAGAGAUACAGAAGCAGGGCUGGAUGAUAAUAAUUCAAUAACGCAGCCCAGCAUUCCCAGUGCGCACACUGAGGAGCCUGAUCCAGAUGAUCAAGAAUUACAAAGAAUCCAAAAUCCCGUUGCCAUUAUAUGUAGUCGUUUGCAGAAGGCCAUUGAGAUGCUGCAAUCUGAAGUUAACCCGGCAGAGGUUGCUGGAGUGCUCCAAACCCUUUUUAAGAUAAUUAGGAACCUGAUUGAACACCCAAAUGAGAUGAAGUUCAAAAAGAUCCGAAAGGGAAAUCCAAUAAUCCAAAGGAAUGUUGCAAACUACAAAGCUGCUAUGGAAAUCCUCUUCUUGAUUGGAUUCAUUGAAGAUAUCAUGUUGGCUGAAACAUAUUUAGUGUUAAAGCGAAACGAUCCAGGUUUGUUGUGGCUCGCCAAAUCGUCCCUUGAGACAUGCAUUGCCCACUAGGGAUGGCAGUAAUAUGCCAGAAGAAGAGAAAACUUGACAUUUAGUUGGGGAGCCAAGGAAGGGGAAAAGAAAAUUAUCGUGGUGUGUAAAUUUGUAACAUUGGGGGAUGCUCUUAUGGAAUAGAAUUGUGUGUUUGGCAUUAAUAAACAGGUAUAAUAAACGGUGCUAUUUUGUGUAAUUGAACAAUACUAUCUGUAUAUGUGUGGAUGGCUGCAGAAGGAAUGUUCAUAAGGAUACUGUCUGCAAAUUUAUUCUA